UCUAAUUAUUUUAAUUAAAUCCACUUAUUUUAACCUUACUUUCUCAUCACACCUAACCUUACUUUAAGGCAAGGCAAAAGUUAACCUAAAAAAUUGUGAUUUUGAAAUGUAACUUAUUAUAGUUAAUUGGAAGCAUGUUUUAUAAAAAAAAUCUAAUUUUAAUUACUCUACAAUACUUAAGAACAUCGAACAUACGUUAUCUAUCAACAAGAAUCCAACCAAAACAAGAAAUUGAAAUUAAAAGAUUUAACGACUUACUAAAAAAGUAUCAAAACUCUUUACUUUAUAGUGAUUACAUAGAAAAUCAACAAAUUAAAUUAGGUUAUCAUCGUAAAUUGGCUUUUAUAAGCAAAUACAAAACCAUUCAACAAAACGAUUUUAUUAAAUCACAACAAAUUCAGCCUGUACCUUUAAGUUUAAAAUUUAUUAAUCCUAACAAUGAAGAAGCUAAUCCAAAUGAUUUGGAUCAUCAAAAUAAUGAAUCUGAAAAGGAGCUUUUUCAACUUCCUUAUAACAGUUCAGAUUUAAAUAUACAGUUCUCAGAUGUAAAAUUAAAAGAAUCAACAAAUGAAAAUGAUCCUGCUUUGAUGGCACAAAAAGAAAUUGAAAUAAGAUAUAAAAAUUGGAUGGUUGAUUAUGAAAAUUACGCAAAAGAUGAUGCAACUAAAAUUGUUACAGAAGAAAUUGUAAAAAAUGUUGAAAUUAAUUAUGGAACUCCAGAUCCUAAAUCAAAAAUAAGUAAAACUCCUUGUGGUGGAUGUGGGGCUUAUUUACACUGUAAAGACAUAAAAAUACCUGGUUAUAUCCCAUCAGAAAUUUUUAAAAAUUCUAAUCGUUUUGAUGGGGUUAGUUUAAAAAGCAUGAUUUGUCAACGAUGUUAUUUUUUGCGCGAACAUAACCUUGCUUUACAAGUUAGAGUUUCACCGAAUGAUUAUCCAAAAAUCUUAAGCACCAUUCAACAGUAUGAUAGGGCUUUAAUAAUUUUAAUUGUCGAUUUAUUAGAUUUUCCAUGUUCGAUUUGGCCAGGAGCAGCAGAUUUAAUCGGCCGUGGACGCCCCAUUUUUGUCGUCGGAAACAAAAUCGAUUUAUUACCUCAAGAUGGAAAAAAUUUUUUGGAACGAAUCGAAACGAAUCUUAGAAACAAUCUAAAACUACACGGAUUUGCCGCCAAAGAUAUUGCACAUAUUGCUUUAAUCUCGGCGGUGACCGGUUUUGGAGUUGAAAACUUAAUUAGUAAAUUACAAAGAUUUUGGGGAUAUCGCGGAGACGUUUUUUUAAUUGGAUGUACUAAUGUGGGUAAAUCAAGUUUAUUCAACGCAAUGUUACGCUCGGAUUAUUGUAAAGUAAACGCGGUUGAUUUGGUGCAAAGGGCUACGAUCAGUCAGUGGCCUGGAACGACUUUGAAUUUAUUAAAAUUUCCUAUAAAUCGACCGUCUGGUUAUAAAAAUUAUGUACGAAACCAACGAUUAAGACAGGAAAAUAAAAAUUUGUCGGAAGAGAAGUGGUUACGUAUGGAGCAGCUUAAAAAAACUAAAAAUCCUAAAUAUGCCAAUUUAAUCGGUCAUGUUGGACAAACGUUUCUUUAUAAACAACCAAUGGAAGGUGCUGAUAUUUUUUCAGUUACUGUAAAAGAAGGUGUUGGUGGAGAAAAUAUUGGAAUUGAUGAAAACGAUAGAGCUUUUGCUGGUAGUAAAUGGUGUUAUGAUACUCCAGGAGUUAUUCAAUCAGAACAGGUGUUACACUUAUUAACAACAGAAGAAUUAAUUCAAACACUUCCAAAAACACUAAUUAGACCAAAAACUUUUUUAAUCCAACCUGAAACUACAAUCUUUAUUGGUGGAUUAAGCCGUUUGGAUUUCAUAAAAGGUGAAAAAGCCACAAAAUUCACUGUGUUUUGUUCCUCUCAACUUCCAGUAACCAUUUGUCAUACAAAGGACGCAGACGAAAUCUACCAAGAUUUUUUAAACACAGAUUUCUUUGGAGUUCCCAUAAACGAUUUAGAUAGAUUACAAAAAUGGCCUGGUUUAACAAAAUCGAAAACGUUCACCUUCCAAGGCGUUGAUAGAGAGAUUUCUUGUGCUGAUAUAGUUUUAUCAAGCAGUGGAUGGAUUGCAAUCACCCCCGAGGUAGAAAAAGAAGUUGUAGUUCAAGGUUGGGUUCCCCCUGAUUGUGGAAUACAUCUACGAGAUCCACUUUUAUCAAAAUCCGUUAAGCUACGAGGAAAGAAAAUUAGAGAUAGUGUUAGUUAUUUUAAUAAUAAAUUUUAUAUACCCAAUAAAAAUAAAUAAAAUUAAAAUAAAUUAA